GCGCGCCGUCAUUCGCGGCCUUGGCUGUCAAUCACCGGGUCCCGGACGUUGAUUACUCGCUGGCGCCCUGUGAUUGCCGCCGAGCAUCUCCAAUGGGGGGGAGAACUGUUUGUAAACAACACAGUUCUCUCCGGUCAGCUCUUCCACACUAAUAUGAAUGGCUGUGCACAGCACAGCCAGUAAAGCACAAACACAGGACACAAUGUAAAACAGCAUACAGCACACAGUUAACCCUUUGAUCGCCCCACAUGUUAACCCCUUCCUGCCCAGUGCCAUUAUUACAGCAUCAGUGCUUUUUUUUUUUUAGCACUGUUCACUGUAUUGGUGUCACUGGGGAUGUCAGUGACACCAAGUCAGUUCCCCCCCAGAGUCAGAAUGCCCGCAGCAGUCCCUCAGUCCCGCUAAAAGUCACUGA